AACUUUUCGACAAAAACAAAAAAGGCAAAAGAAACUCACUAUUGUUUUCCACUCCAAGAACCGCACCAAAGCAACAGACAGCUCAACUACCAGUAAGUCACUCAUGGCCUCUCCGUUGGCCCUCUUCUUCCUCCUGCUCCUCCUCCACCGACCACUCUUUUCCACUGCCAAUGUCCACAAACUCAACCUCCUCCGAUCGGAGCUCCUCUCCGAGCCCACCCCUCAAAACUACCCCGCACCAACUCUCUUCUUCGAAGUAACCAAACCCAUAGAACUCCCCAAAACCAAGCCCUGCACCCGGCUCGUUCUCCAGCACGACUUUGGGUAUACAUAUGGCAAAGCUCCAGUCUUUGCUAAAUACACCCCUCCCUCGCACUGCCCAUCUCAAACAUUUUCUAAAAUUGUCCUCGAGUGGAAAGCCACCUGCAAAGGGAGGCAGUUUGAUCGGAUUUUUGGAGUUUGGCUAGGCGGCGUUGAGCUUCUCAGGAGUUGCACGGCGGAGCCGCGGCCGAAUGGGAUUGUUUGGAGUGUCGAGAAGGACAUCACAAGGUACUAUUCUUUGCUUCAAAACAGUCAAACACUUGCUGUUUAUCUUGGGAAUUUGAUUGAUAAAACCUACACUGGAAUUUACCAUGUGAACAUAAGCAUUCAUUUUUACCCUGCUGAGAAGAAUUUGAAUUACAAUGACGAGAAAAAGUUGGGAAAUUUGGCUUCUGGGUACCAUUCUUGGGCUGAUUUGAUCUUGCCCAUUUCUAGAAAUCUGCCUUUGAAUGAUGGGUUGUGGUUUAAAAUCCAGAAUUCGACCGAUACGCAGUUGAAGGAAUUUCAGAUCCCACAAAAUGUUUAUAGGGCUGUGUUGGAGGUGUAUGUUUCAUUUCAUGAGAAUGAUGAGUUUUGGUAUUCAAAUGCUCCUAAUGAGUACAUUGCUGCAAACAAUCUUAGCGGCACGCCUGGAAAUGGGCCUUUUAGGGAGGUUGUGGUGAGUUUAGACGGUGAGGAUGUUGGUGCAGUCUGGCCUUUUACUGUGAUUUUCACUGGAGGGGUGAAUCCUCUGCUGUGGAGACCCAUUACUGCGAUUGGAUCCUAUGAUCUUCCUUCUUAUGAUAUUGAGAUUACGCCCUUUUUAGGGAAGAUAUUGGAUGGAAAGAGUCACAAGUUUGGUUUUAAUGUUGCAAGUGCCUUGAAUGUUUGGUAUGUUGACGCGAAUUUGCAUCUUUGGUUGGACAAGCAGAGCACGAAAACUGAAGGAGGGCUUUUGAAGCAUAGUAGCUUGCCCCUUGUUGUUUCACUGGUUUCAGAUUUCAAGGGUUUAAACGGCACAUUUUUGACAAGGGUCAGCAGGUCUGUGUCAUCGACUGGAUGGGUGAAGUCCUCCUAUGGGAACAUCACAACCAAUGCGAUUCAAGAUUUCCAUUACAGUAAUACAAUGGUCAUGAGGAAUGAUGGUAAUACACAGAUAGUGAGUCAGAAGAUCCAUUUCAACGAUACACUUCAUAUCAGGCCGCCAUCCUCUAGUGCGUACUCAAUGUCAUCAAACAAAAAAUUUCCUCUUUACUUGUACACUGACUACUUGGAUCAAGCAAAUGAAACGUAUAAGUUAGUUACAAAUGUCGAAUUGGGAUUUAUUGAGAAGAAGUCUGCAAGUGCUGGUUCACAAUUAUCAGGUAGCUCUGUCAGAAAUCUGCAGAAUGCCGAGGGUAAUAUGGUUGUAAAAAACAAUUUGGUAGCUAGUGGACUGGGGAGUACCCAGCAAGUGUAUAGGUACGAUGGUGGCAAAUCCUGUUAUUUCAGAAACAUAAGCAGCUCAAACUAUACCAUACUCUAUGAUAAGGUGAGGAGUACGUGCGGCAAAAAACCAGAGUCUAAUUUGGAUUUUGGCUUAAGCAGACUAUGGCCUUUUGGUGCUCAAAGGAACUUUCCUGGUCCCCUAUUUACUUGAGAACAAUGACGGUGCCUAGCUUAUUCAUAUUGAUGCAUUUUCCUGUGCUACAGGAAUGGACUUUUUUUGGUAAAUUUUAAGGGAGUUUCUGUUUGUUGGCACCUCAAAUAAAAAUGUACGUUUCUUGUACUUAAUUUUAUAUUUGUGGACAUUCUUCUAGAAUCUAGUUAAGGUAUCUGCACUAAAAUGAUUCUGGUUUUCCUUGGGAUUGAAUGAUUUCUAAAAACUGGAUCAUGUCAACUUGUGUUAUCUCAAUAUAAUCGACGUGUGUAUGCCAGAAAUUAAGAACCGCUGAUUGUUUAGAAUCUAGUUCUUCUGGUUGUUUUUCCAUUUUGAUGCGAGUCUUGCAUUUGAAAUUGAAGGAUUAUUCUGUAUCUCUAAGUUUUAACUAUUGAAAGCUUAUGCCACUCAGCAGAAUCAUUAGAUUUGUAAUUCCACAGUUUAUUUAUAUGAGUGGGGCAAUGGUGUUUAUGUUUC